CUCUCAAGGACUACGACUCUGCAGCAAAACUCACGCACCAACGGCGACAAUGGACUCAGAUUACGGCAUUCCCAGAGAGCUCUCCCACCUCCAGAAGCAACGAUCGCUCUACCAGCCCGAGCUCCCUCCUUGUCUCCAGGGAACGACCGUGAGGGUAGAAUAUGGUGACGCUACAACGGCAGCAGAUCCUGCUGAUGUUAAUUCCAUCAGUCGAUACUUUCCGCACACUUAUGGUCAGCCUUUGGCUCACUUCCUUCGGGCGACGGCGAAGGUCCCUGAUGCUCAGAUUAUAACAGAACAUCCUCCUAUCAGGGUGGGUGUAGUAUUCUGUGGCAGACAGUCUCCUGGAGGACAUAACGUUAUCUGGGGUCUUUACAAGGCUCUGAAGAUCCACAACCCUAAGAAUGUGUUGCUUGGAUUUCUUGGUGGUUCUGAAGGUCUUUUUGCUCAGAAAACUCUCGAGAUGACGGAUGACAUCCUCUCGACAUACAGAAACCAAGGUGGGUAUGACUUGCUUGGUCGGACAAAGGAUCAAAUAAGAACAACGGAGCAAGUUAAUGCUGCACUAAUUUCAUGCAAGGAAUUGAAAUUGGAUGGACUCGUCAUUAUUGGAGGGGUUACAUCAAACACAGACGCUGCUCAGCUUGCAGAAACAUUUGCUGAAGCAAAAUGCCCUACUAAGGUGGUUGGUGUUCCUGUGACGCUUAAUGGAGAUUUGAAGAAUCAAUUUGUGGAAACUGACGUUGGUUUUGAUACAAUCUGUAAGGUGAAUUCCCAACUCAUCAGUAAUGUCUGCACUGAUGCCCUUUCAGCUGAGAAGUACUAUUAUUUUAUCCGACUCAUGGGCCGGAAGGCAUCACAUGUAGCUUUGGAAUGCACUCUCCAGUCCCAUCCAAAUAUGGUGAUUCUUGGAGAGGAAGUUGCUGCAUCAAAGCUUACUCUCUUUGACAUUACAAAGCAAAUCUGUGAUGCAGUUCAAGCUAGAGCAGUGCAAGAAAAGUCCCACGGGGUCAUCCUAUUGCCAGAAGGGCUCAUAGAGAGCAUUCCUGAAGUUUAUGCUCUUUUGAAGGAAAUUCACGGAUUGCUCAAGCUAGGUGUUUCUGCUGAUAACAUUUCCUCUCAACUUUCGCCCUGGGCAUCAGCAUUAUUUGAGUUUUUGCCACCCUUCAUCAGGAAACAGCUGAUCCUUUUCCCUGAAUCAGAUGACUCUGCUCAGUUGUCCCAGAUUGAAACCGAAAAACUUCUAGCACAUCUGGUGGAGGCAGAAAUGAAUAAGCGGAUGAAAGAUGGAACAUACAAGGGGAAGAAAUUCAAUGCUAUAUGCCACUUCUUUGGUUAUCAAGCUCGGGGAUCUUUACCAUCAAAAUUUGACUGCGAUUAUGCUUAUGUUCUUGGGCAUAUCUGCUACCAUAUUCUAGCUGCUGGCUUGAAUGGUUACAUGGCUACUGUAACUAAUCUGAAGAAUCCUGUCAAUAAGUGGCGCUGUGGUGCUGCCCCCAUAGCAUCAAUGAUGACCAUCAAACGAUGGGCACAAAAUCCCGGGGCCUCAUCCAUUGGGAAACCUGCAAUUCAUCCAGCCACUGUGGAUUUGAAAGGAAAAGCCUAUGAGUUGCUGAGACAAAAUGCAACAAAAUUCUUGACGGAGGAUGUCUAUAGAAAUCCAGGACCCCUUCAGUUUGAUGGCCCUGGUGUGGACUCUAAGCCAGUAACUUUGUGCGUGGAAGACCAGGACUAUAUGGGCCGUGUUAAGAAGCUCCAGGAAUAUCUGGUUAAGGUCCGAACUAUUGUAAAGCCAGGGUGUUCGCAAGACAUUCUGAAAGCAGCUCUGAGCAUUAUGGCUUCCGUCACUGACGUUCUCUCAGUUAUGUCCAUGCCUUCCUCCGAUGGCCAGAUUCCUCUUUGAAUGGAC